UACCGCUGCUGAGCGCAAGCAUUACAACUGCACGUUUUUGAAAAGGGAUUUUUACGUAUACCUUAUUUUCGGUGUUUGUUUUUGGUUUAUUAAGUGAACUUUUUGGUCUGCACCAUGCUGUUCCUAGAAGUCUUGAAGCUAUGCCGGAAGAUAUUGCUCUUCUUGCCAUUCACAACCGCUCAAACAGUUGUUCCAACGGAAUCUUCUUUCUCCUACGACAACGCCGCCGAGUGGCAUCUGGAUUAUCCACAAUGCGGUGGCCAAAGACAAUCGCCAAUUGCUAUUAACGCAAAUAAGACAACAGCAGCCGUAAUGCCACCCAUUACAUACGUAGCUUAUGACCAAUUCCUUUCAGAAUAUGUUAUAUUGGAAAAUAAUGGGCACACAAUUAAAUUCAAUGUGCCACCAACAAUCGGACAAGAUCUCCCAUUCAUUUUUGAUGGCCCACUAAGCGAAGCCUACUUAGCUGUAGAAGUACACUUCCAUUGGGGCUCACCGACAUCUAAGGGUUCCGAGCAUAGAAUCAAUCAGAGACGUUAUGAUGUGGAAAUGCAUGUGGUGCAUAGAAAUAGAAAAUAUGGCAGCGUCGAAGAAGCGCGUGAAUUCGAAGAUGGUCUAGCAGUGAUAGGCGUGUUCUUCAAAGUGGAAAAGAUCUUCGGUGUUGUCCAUCCUGGCCUGGAGACGGUCUUCAAUGCAAUUCCUUUUGCUGCUCUUUAUAACUCGACCGCAACUACAAGACAAUUAAUUACGCUCGAUUCGUUGUUGGGAAAUAUUAAUCGUGGAAACUUUUACACCUAUCAGGGCUCUUUGACAACGCCGCCUUGUUCCGAAGCAGUCACAUGGAUAGUUUACCCCGAAGUUAUACCGAUAGCAGUUCGUCAUUUAAAAAAUUUUUGGGUGGUGCGGGACGAACGACUAAGAAAUUUGUGGAACAACUUUAGGCCACUGCAACCGAUCGGAUCACGCGAAGUUUACUAUCGGAAUGAAGCAGUGCAAGAGUUCUAUUGAGAAAAUUGCUGAUAAAUUGAAAUGCGGCUUAAGCAAAUAUAAGGCUAAUUAUAUGUGAAAUUUUAUAUAUAAAAUUAGGAAAUAAUUGGAUUUUUUUAUAAACGUAACUUUUUUAAUAAAAACAAAUUUAUAAUUGGAAUAAAAUUAGUAACCUUCAAGUA